AUGAAGUACUCUACCGUCAUCCUCUUCGCCAUUGGCGCCUCGGCCCAGAGCAUCACCACCACCACUGGAUCCUCGGCGCCCGCGUCGACUGCGCUCUCAUCCGCCGUCCAGUGUGCUAUGGCUUGCAAUGCAGGCGAUGUCAACUGCCAGGCCGCAUGCUUGGGCAACGCUCGCCCCAACGCUUCCCAGGUCAUCGAGACCAACGAGUGCGCCGCCAAGUGCGACCAGGGCGAUGGUUCUCCUGCGGCCACCGAUGCUUACUCCAAGUGUGUCGACACUUGCAUCACCAACCACUUCCCCAGCAGCCAGACUGCAUUCGUCGAUAGCCCGGCUGGUGCUGGUGCUGCUGCUCCCAGCAACGCUCCUUCCAGCGGCGCUGCUGCUGGUGCCGGCGCCAACUCUGCUAGGCCCACUACUACCGGAGGAUCUCAGUCCCCAUCUGGCUCUCCUUCUGGCUCUGCCUCUGGAUCUGCUGGCCGGCCUUCGUCUACUGCCGCAGCUGGCGCAGCCGACAAGACCUCUGCCCAAUUCUUCGGCGCUGGUCUUGCCGGUCUCCUUGCUGUUUUCGCUUUGUAA